AUGUUUGUAAUCGGCAAGUCCGCCAACCCUCGUUGCUUUAAAGGUGUCAAAACACUACCCUGUCGAUACCGUUCGCAAAAGAAGAGUUGGAUGUCUGGAGAGCUGUUCGAAGAGUGGGUACGCGAGCUUGAUCGAAAAUUCUCUGUCUCUAAGCGAAAAAUUGCUUUGAUUAUUGACAAUUGUACCGCACAUCCUCAUGUUGAAUUCCUGGAAUGGGUAGAAUUGAUCUUUCUUCCUCCAAAUACCACGUCCCGAACCCAACCUAUGGACCAAGGAAUUAUCCGCGCCCUGAAAGCAAAAUAUCGAUCGCUAGCAGUGCGGAAAUUGAUAAAAGCCUUGGACGAGGAAAAAUCGACUCCGAAGUUCUCGAUUCUUGCAGCUAUGUACAUGCUAAGGAAAGCAUGGGAUGAUGUUUCCAACAAAACAUUCACCAAUUGCUUUCGAAAAUCAGGAAUUUCCCAAAAGGAUGCAGAAAGAGCGAUCAACGAAGAUGACGACCCUUUUAAAAGUUUAACCAGCGAAGUAGAAGAAGACCCAAUUCCAACCCUCGAAGCUGAACUCUCUUACAUAAAACGAAGGUUUCCUGACCACAUUGAUCCUGACUUAUCAACUGAAGAUUUCAUUGAUUUUGACAUUGAAGUCAGUACAUCCCAUGGGCGUCUGAAGACUGCUGACAUCAUUGCUGAGAUCACUGGGACUCAAGACGAAGAAUUAGAAGAGGUCGACGAAGAAGACAAGGAGGAAGAAGAUAAGAUCACAAGACCGACGGCCGAGCAAGUGCGUACAGCUAUCAACGUCCUCGAAGACUUGAGUAUUUUUUCACAUUUUGGAGAAGAAAUGAUAGCUUCCCUGAGGAACUUGAAUCGUAAUAUCGCCAAAGAUUUUGAUAUGAGUUAUUUAGAGCACCUUCGUCUUCCGGUAACAAGAUGCGAAUCAGCCAUUACCCGGGGGGCGGAAACAAAAAUUUUUUCUCGUUCGCGCGAAAGUAAAACAACUUCUACUUGCUUUUUGUUAUUGUUAUGGAAACCUAUAAACAUUGAUAUUUUACAGAAAUGCAGAAAAAGUAAAAGCGUUUAUUCAACGCUUGUGAGAAAAAUUUCGCCUUGA